AUGAUGUGCACAAGUCGGUACUUAAAAAUAUUUUGUGUUUUACAGAAUACUUUCGGCCAAGCACUUGGAAUCAACAAAGGAUUCGGAUUAAAUGGACUCCCUCCCAACGGAAUCGGAAUUGCCAAUGGAUUAGCGCCUAAUGGCUUACUUGGCAAUGGCUUGGCGGUAAAUGGUUUGAGCCCAAACAACUUUGGUAUUAACAACAUUGCCGCAAACAAUUUUGCUGCAGCUAAUCUAGCUCCCAAUAACUUAGCUGGUACUAACUGUGCUGGUAAUAACUUGGCCAAUGUAAACUUUGCUGCCAACAAAUUUGCUGCAGCAAACAGCUUAAAUAAUGCCAACUUAGCAGCAAAUAAUCUAGCUGCCAAUAACUUUGCAGUUAAUAAUUUCGCAGCCAAUAAUUUUGCUGCCAAUAAUUACGCAGCCAACAACGUGGCAAUGAAUAACUUAGUUGCUAAUAACUUGGCUAACAAUUUCCAACUGAACAACAACUUAGCUUAUAACGGUCUUGCCAAUAACAUGGCAGGUUUGGCCGGUGUGCCAAACGCUGUCAAUGCUGGCUAUGGUGAUAUCGCCGUCGUUGGCGAGCUGCCAGUUGGUGGCAACACUGCUGUCACUGGCAACGUGCCAGUGAUUGGCUACGUGACUUUCGAAGGGACUCUGCCAGCCGGAGGUCUAGUCAGUGUUGCCACUAACAAUAAUAAUUGUGGUUGCGUUUAACCUCUUUAGAUUUUAAUAGUUACUUAAUCAGUAAUUAUUUUUAAAGUCAUUAUUUUUAAAA